AUGAAAGACGAAGGUCCAGUCAUCUUCCCCAACGAUGCAGUCUCCUAUGCGGUGUACAGGUACUGCAAGGAACACUCCGUCCCGCUACCCGAACACCUUUUCAAACUUGCACAGUUUACCGAAGAAAACCUUCCCGAACUUUCGGAAAUGAUGGUGUCAGGAUUACAAGCACAAUAUCUCAUUUGGACUGCGAGAAGUAUAGGUGCAAAGAAAAUUCUUGAGAUUGGCUGUUUCUGCGGGUUUAGCGCACUUGCUUUCGCAGAGGCUCUAAAGGACGUCGAAGGAGCAAAGAUUAUCACUACUGACGUUAAUCCCAAAACCUGUGAAAUCGCACGCAACGCUUUCCGCGAUGCUGGUGUAGACAAUAUUGUCACCCUGAUCGAGGCCCCUGCGAUAGAGACGCUCCAAAAUCUGCAGAAUGAUGGCCCCUUUGACUUGGUUUUUAUUGAUGCAAACAAGGACGGCUACCCCGAUUACUUCAAAACUCUUCUGGAUCUAAAUCUCAUCCGCAAGAAUGGAAUUCUGAUCGCGGAUAACGUUCUCAAGCGAGGGCUUGUAGCAGAUGAUAGCGAUAACAAUCCUUCAAGUGGAGACAAGGAUGAAGUAUGGAGGGCAUCGAAGUUGAGGGAAUUCAAUGGUCUCGCUGCGAAAGAUCCAAGAGUUGAGACUCUUAUUUUGCCGGUAUUUGAUGGGCUCACUUUGUCAAGAGUUCUUUAA